AUGGCUGUUUACGAAAAUCUCCUGACUGUUACUUUAUUGGUGCUUGGAUUUGUGGAUCUGCUAUUGGGAUGUUUGACGGUGUUUAUUGUAAUCAAAUAUUCACCGACAAACUUUAAAAUGUAUCAGAGAUUUCAAAUCAAUAUUACGAUCACGAUCACCAUUUUCGAUGUCGUCACCGCCCUCUUUGGUCCAAUUUUCAUCAAUUCUCUUUCAGGGGUUUAUCUCAUCGGAUUUUUUCGCCUCUCAACAUAUGGAACAUACGUGUUUAUGAUUUUCUUCUACAUUUUGAUGUGCCUUCAAAGCGGUGCAUUGGUGAUCGCUUUUACCGCCAAAUUGUAUUCUCUUCUCCCGAUCGCUUAUCGAGAAAAGCUGAAAUCCGUCUUUUUGCUGUACAUCGGUUCUUUUUACGGUCUGAUACCGGUUGGGGUCACUUUUCUCUUUUAUGUCUGGUCGACGGAUUUCGAGAAAUAUUCACAAUUGAUGAUCUCCCGUUUCCCUGAUGAGGUUCCCCAAAUGUGGAUAAGCAGUGUGCUCAUCGUUGACCCAUUGAAACCUUUCUGGACUUUCUUCUUCAUUCUCGGUCUUUAUCAAUUUGGUGGUGUUAUUUGUAUAAUGAUUCUUCAAAUGAUCAUUAUAACCUAUCUUCUCAAUACUCCACAGCCAUUUCUCUCAAAGAAAACCAUUCGAAUGCAAGCACACACUUUUCGAGUCUUCGCUCUGCAGUUUCUCACUGAUGUCAUCACUUUCGCCAUCCCUUACAUUUCCUAUAUUUUCGCUCAAAUCAUUCUUGUCGUUUUCGGCUGGUCUUGGGUGGCACAGGUGGAAAAAUAUGCAAUCCCGUGUCUAUCAAUCCUCUCGAAUACCCAUUCCGGGAUCACCUCGCUUGUCGUCUUGACAACUUCACGCCCAUAUUUCGUCGCCGUUUCAUCGAUUCUCAAACUAAAGAUUCCAAAAGCUCGCCUCAAUAAACUCACAUCUUACGUCUACAACGAGAAAGUCUUCUUUGCGAGGAAUCAAAAUAAACCAAAGCCUAAACCAGAACCAGAAGCUAAAAAAGGA